GUGACAGAGAGACCCGUGAAGAUCAUCAUCAUCAUUACCAUCAUUUGAGAUAUUAAGGAGAAAAUGAAGAGCAUAAUCUUCUAUCUUCUUGUAGCAACACUGGAGAUCUCGAGUUUAGUUUCUGUAACGAGUAGUACUUUCACAUCACAUGCUCCUGAUCACCAAGAACAGUUCCCUCAGUUCCUACAAGCUGCCUCGGACUCAAAAAAGGGAUAUCAUCAGAGUAUGGAAGCGGGAACAGUAGCGUCCAGAACUGAAGAAACUUAUAAAGUGGAAAGUAGACUUGGGUCAAUACCACCUAACUGUAACCACAAGUGUAAAGGGUGCGAACCAUGUGUUGCCAUUCAAAUAACCACAACGUCUGAUCGAGUGGGACUUCAGUCUGCAAACUAUGAACCGGAAGGUUGGAAAUGCAAGUGCGGCUCUUCUCUCUUUAACCCUUGACUUUGACUCAUCUAUCUCAAGUGCUAAACACUAGUACUGUAGUCCCUUGCUUAUCUCUUACUGAGAGAUAGAAAAUUUUGUGGCCUGCUUUGACUUUUCUGCAGUGAUGGUGUUUGGA